AUGGGAAUGGCUUUCUCGCGUGUGUUUGAGCGUCUCUUUGGCAAGAAAGAGAUGCGUAUUCUUAUGGUCGGUCUUGAUGCUGCUGGUAAAACCACGAUCCUUUACAAGCUCAAAUUGGGUGAAGUGGUUACAACGAUCCCUACGAUCGGUUUUAAUGUUGAGACAGUCGAGUACAAGAACAUUAGCUUCACGGUGUGGGAUGUCGGUGGUCAGGACAAGAUCCGUCCGCUUUGGCGUCACUACUAUCAGAACACACAGGGUCUGAUCUUUGUAGUGGACUCGAAUGAUCGUGAUCGUGUGGAUGCAGCUCGUGAUGAGCUACAUCGUAUGCUAAACGAAGACGAGCUUCGUGACUCGGUGUUGCUGGUGUUUGCAAACAAACAGGAUCUGCCAAAUGCAAUGAGCGCUGCAGAGAUGACGGACAAACUGGGUCUGCACGGUCUGCGUCACCGUCAAUGGUUCAUUCAGGCGUGUUGCGCGACGACAGGCGACGGUUUGUACGAAGGUCUGGACUGGCUAUCGGCAACUCUUCAGAAAAAGCAGUAG